AUGGUUUUUCAGCUGGACGACAUCAACCAGCUGUUCCUCCCGCACAUGCGCAACAAGCUGCUCUGGUACUACCAGGACGUGGAGGAAGUGGUAGAACGCGCGCCGGUCGAAGGCACAAAGCCCCGUCAACAGGGACAGGGUAGACAGCCGCCGCCGCAAGUCACAAUGAAAAGGAAAUUGUUCCUGUCCGACGGAUGGGACGUCAAGUUCACAGGCGUCUGCAUAUACAUGUUUCGGAUUAAUGUCAGUAAACAACUGCCUGAGGAGGGUUUCCACAAGGAUCUGUGA